AUGGCAGACAGCAGCCGCGAUACCGUCUUCGACGACCUGCCCGAGUGGCUCAUCGUCGACGAGAUCCUCUCCCGGUUGCCAGCCAAAGACGUACUCCGCUGCCGCGCAGUCCGCAAGUCGUGGCGCAGCACCACUUCCACCGACACAUUCAUCCUUCAGCACCACCACCAUCAACCCUCGCUCCCCAUCAUCGAGCACCUAAACGGCAUUUGCCGCCUCAACAGGGCCUCCAAUGAUCAAAAGAUACUGCCAGUCCUACAGUAUGCAGGCAGAAGCCCUAUUACAGGGGUCGACCUUAUGCACCGCGCCGUCUGUGAUGGCCUCAUCAUCCUGGCGCAGAAGCCUGAUUACUACAUCUGUAACCCGGCCACUCGCAAGUGUGCUUCCCUGCCACGCCCUCCACUACAGUCAGGCUUCAGCAACGACGAAAUAGUCGGCUUCUACCGGCACCAGCCAUCUGGAGAAUAUCGGAUGCUCUGGGCGUCAUACUCCAUACCCAUCAGGGUUGAAUUGCCUGAUUACUUUGUCCUCACAGUGGGAUCACACCAGCCAAGACGCAUCCAGUGGCAGGCAGUUUCAGAAAAAGGGUUUCCCGCUAUGUCGGCCCGUGAUUGUCCACCGGUCCAUCAUCGUGGUAGCCUGCACUGGGCAGUGGGCCUCGACAUAGCGGUAUUUGAUCCCGUAGCCGAGACAUUCUGGCACAUGAGCCGCCCAGCGCAGUUGGGUGAUAUGGUGUCAUUGUUUGAUACUGCCGGCGGCGCACUCGCUUUGUGCCGCACUGAUCGUACCUACGUCACUUUGGAUGUUUGGGUGUUGCAGGACUAUGAUGCCGAAACCUGGGGCUUUCAGUACCAUAUUAACUUGUUAGCGAUGGUGGCAUCGCCGCCGCUUGAUUUGAGGAUCAAAUAUGUCCCUAGGAUGGCUGUUAUCAAUGAGCAUGAGCUGGUUAUCGAUUAUCCUGACCGUCUGCUGCAUUGUAACAUUGAUGGUGUGUUUGUAGCAAAUCUGGAAAGCGAAGAGCAUGGAAACUACUUGAUGCUCACUCGGCAUCGUCUCCAAGAGAGCAUGAUUUCACUUCCAUUGUUUGAGAAGCAAGAAGAAGAUGCUGUGAACAAGGAGCCUCCAUUCCUCAUGGUGCUAUAA